GAAGGCAAAUAAAUUUCAAUUCAAAUUCAAAUAAUGAAUGGACAAUAGAGAAAUAGAAGUAUAUUAGUGUGAUAUAUUUAAAGAGAAGAACUAAUUAGAAAUAAACAAUGAUUCUAUUUAUAUUAAUUGUUGUAAUUAGUAAAGGAUUGGAGACUGAACAAUACAAUGAACAAGGAAAUAAAGAUGAUAAUAAACAUGAAGAUAACAUGGUUGAUUCAACAAGAACUACACAACAUAAACAUGAGAAUAAAUAUAACGAUGAUGAAAAUACACAACAUCAAACAUAUAAUCGGUUGACUAAUACCAUUCAGUAUAUUCAUAAUAAUAUACAUUUGAUAGCUGAAACAACAACAUCAUCACAAGGAGCAAAAGAGGGUGUAACUUCAGGAAAUACAGCAACAGUAUCACAAGGAAGUGCAGCAACAGUGUCAUCACAAGGAGAUAAAAGUCUAUCACAACCAGUAGAAGGAAACUCAUCACCAGUAACACCAAACCCAGUAUCACAAACUUCACAAACACCAGAAGCAGAUUCACAACCUUCAUCACCAACUCCACCAACUUCUCCCUCAUCACCACAAACUUCAUCAACUCCAACAACAAACCAACCAUCACAACCACAGACUAACUCUGCCUCUUCAACUUCAACUCCACAAUCACAAGAUAAGCAAGAUACAAUACCUAAUGAACAACACCCAAAACCAGAAGAACAACCACAAAAACCAUCAUCACAAUCACAACAAAAUCAUCCACAACAAAAUGAAAAACAAGAUAACAAAAAUACAACUACUUCUGAUAAUUCACAUGAUAAAACUAAUAACAGUUCUGAUGAUAUUUCUGAUAAUCACAAUAACCUUGAUGGGACAUCACCUGUGUUUAUGUUGUUGGCUUUUGUUAUUCAGUUGAUAUUCUUCUAAUUAUUGUGUUUCUCUCUUUUUCUUUUCUUUUCGUAUUCUUCUUUAUCUUUUAUUCAUAUGUCUAUAAAAUAUUUCCUAUAUUUCAUUCAUGUUUAAUGUUAUUACAAAAUUGAAUUAAUUCAUAUACAUUUGAGAUUAAUGAAUAACCAAUAUUAUCAAAAAUGACACGAUAAAAGAAUAAACAUUGAUAUUAAAAGAAAAUAAAAGAAAAUAAAUUAAUAAAUUCAUAAGAAAUAGAAAAUGUCAUGAAUAUAUUAUGAAUGAAUAAAUAAUAAUGAAAACACAACAUUUUAACACAAAUAUUAUCAUACAAAUUGUUAGAAUGGUUAUUAAUUAAAUGAAUAAUAACAUUUAUAAUCAUAUUUAUAUUAAUUAUAUGUUGAUUUAUCAUUAUUGAAAUAAUGAAACAACAAAUUAAAAAUGAAUAUAAAUAAUUAUGAAAUAAUUACAAUAUAAACUAUUGGAUGAAUUAAAUAUUUGAUUAAUCAUAUGUAAAUAUAUAAAAUACGAAUAAAAUAAGUGAAGUAUAAAGAGAAUAAUUGAUAUUAAUAUCAUUUAUAUGAUUCAUUUAUAACAAUUUAUUUUUAAUUUAUUAUUAUUUCUUCUUUAUUUAUUUAUUGUUGUUCUUCUAUGAAUUUUUAUUUUCUUUUCUUCUUUAUUUUUUUUCUUAUUCAUCUCUAUUUAUUCUCUAUUUAAUAUCACAUUAACUCUUAUUCUUCUUUUUAUAUUCUUCCAUUUAUUAUCACUUAGUAUUAAUCUUGUCUACUUUUAUUUUCUUC